UCCCUCUUUAGUCAAUGACUGAUCAGACACAUACACAACCUUAAAACACAAUCCCUCUUUCCCUCUUUUAUCAGCUCAUAUCUUCUCAUUGCAAAAUGACGCUUGGAGAAGCCGAGCCGAACCCAAUGACGGAUCACAUCCUCGACUGGCUUGAAGGAUCGGUCUCGUUCUUCCCAACCUUCCUGGACGAUCCUUACAACUCCGACGAUUAUCAAUGGUGGGAACCGAAUCAAGAGAUCAACCAGGAUGUGCUCUAUACUUGCUCUAAUAACACCGCUUCCAACACUAUCCCCACUGCCACGGCCUCGACGACGACUACCGCUAGUACCGUGUGCUUAAAUCCCACGAGCCCUGGUCAGAGGCUCAAGAGGAAAUCACCGGAAGAACCGAUGCCAAGGCCAUCUCUGGGUCAGAAUCUGUCUAAAAGCCAGAGCCAGCAGAUCAACGAGGCGGAUGCUGCAGGACAGGGAAAGGCCAUGCCUGCUAAGAAAUUAUCAACCGGUAAAAAGGGUUCCGGGAAACCUGCUGGACGUGACUGCAAUAAUGCUAAUGGUAAAGAUGGGAGGUGGGCGGAGCAGUUGCUUAACCCCUGCGCCUCCGCCAUAACAGCCGGGAAUGGGUCAAGGAUCCAACACCUUCUGUAUGUCCUCCACGAGCUCGCCUCCCCGUCUGGUGAUCCUAACCAUCGACUCGCCUCUCAUGGCCUUCGGGCUCUGACCUAUCAUCUCUCCUCCUCCAUGUCCAUCACGUCCACCUCGGUGUCUCCAGUCACGUUUGCAUCCUCUGAACCCCGCUUCUUCCGGAAAUCUCUCCUCAAUUUCAAUGAUCACAGCCCAUGGUUUGCAUUACCGAGCAACAUAGCCAACUCUUCUAUUCUCCAGGUGCUAGGUGAAGUACCUGACAAGUCGAGCAAUCUUCACAUUGUCGACCUUGGAGUUUCUCAUGGGGCACAGUGGCCGACUCUGCUCGAUGGUUUAAGCCGGAGUCCAGGAGGGCCUCCACCGCUAGUUCGUCUGACAAUCAUCUCUGCGAGCACAGAAAGUGAUACUGGAACGCCCUUCUCCCUUGGCCCACCUGGGUAUGACUAUUCCUUGCUCCUACUAGAUUUCGCCAAGAAAAUUAACAUCAACCUACAGAUAAACCGGCUCGACAAUCAUCCAAUCCAGAAGUUGGACUCUAAUGCCAUCAGCACGAUUCCAGGAGAAACACUAAUCGUCUGCGCCCAGUUCAGGCUCCAUCACCUCGACCACAACAUACCCGACGAGAGAUCCAGCUUCCUAAAGGCCAUCAGGAAUCUAGAGCCGAAGGGAGUGAUCCUGAGCGAGAACAAUGCAGAGUGCAGCUGUGCCAACUGUGCGGACUUUGCAACCAGUUUCUCCAGGAAGGUCGAGUACCUUUGGCGGUUCCUGGACUCGGCAAGUGCCACCUACAAGAGCCGAGAGAGCAACGAGAGGAGGAUGAUGGAAGGCGAAGCUGCGAAGGCUCUGUUCAGUAAGGCCGAGAUGAAUGAGGGGAAGGACAAGUGGUGCGAGAGGAUGCGAGAGGCCGGGUUCUCAGAAGAGGCUUUCAGGGAUGACGUGAUCGAUGGGGCCCGUGCCCUGCUGAGGAAGCACGACAGCAACUGGGAGAUGAGAGUGGAGGAGAAAGAUGGCUAUGUGAGCCUGUGGUGGAAGGGGCAGCCUGUCUCCUUCUGUUCACUGUGGAAGUUAGGGGCCAAAGUUUGAUUUGAUCAAUCUGUUUGUUUCAGUUGAAUUGCAAAAUUUUUCUCCUGUUGUGUAAAUUCCAGGAGAAGAGUAGUGGAUUGCACUAAUGGCUAUUUUAGUUUGUUUUUUCUUCAAUGUAUAAUAAGGUUACAUAUCUAGAAA